UAGUCUCUAAGCACACAGCGAAUCGUGUGAUCGCUGAAUCCACACGAUUUGCCGCCCGAUUCUUGAAUUUAUUCGAAGAAGAAACGUAUACGAAAACGCUGCCUGACAGAAAAGUCGAAAGUCUAUUGGUUAAAGCCACGCGAGUAGCCGAUCAACUUCCGUGCGUUCUUUUAGGCAUCGGAUACAGCAGUUUUUGCAGUAAUUCAUUCUUUUAGCCCGACUGCGCAGUCGACUGCACCGCAGAUUUCCGUCAGCCGGCAAAUCCGAUGCGCAGCGGUUGCCAAAUCCGAUGCCUAAAAGAACGCACCCCUUGCAACUUUUCUGUGAGAGCAGAAUUUUCGCAUACGUUUCUCCCUCGAAUAAAUUCAAAGAUCGAGCCCGAGAUAUUUCCCGCGAUUCGUAUAUGAGAAUCGGCGCGAGUUUUCAAAGCGCGAGUUUCUCUCGAGCCUCUUUGAGUCUCGACGCUUCCGGGACGACGGAGAUAUUCGUCCCCGAUUCUGCUCAAGUCGCAUCGUUCUAAAUCGCCAUCGUCGCAGAUCACAAGUCAUUCUCGUCCGCACCUCGGGCAAUCGCGCUGCGCACGUGAUCGAGCGCACGACACGUCGAACGGGUGUGACAUGCCCGUACACGUUACACGAGGCUCUCUCUUUCCCUCUCGCUUUUUUGACCGCCACGCAUUUGACAGAUGACUAAAAAGACCAGGCUGGAGAUCAACAUCGAGCGACUUCUGAGGCGCUGCGAGCUGAUAGCGAAGGAUGAUCCGUACAAAGACUGGAAGCUGGGGAAGUACAUACAUUCUCUAAUUACCAUGAUGAAGAAGCUGGAAUCUCUGCCAAGCAAACCACUCGAGGAUACUAUGAUAGAAUACUAUAUCAGGAUCUACGCUAAACGGAUAGAGUUUGUAACGGAAGUAUUAGACGUGAUGAAGCUGUCGAACCUGGAGGAGAGGAGGGUCGCCACGGAAUGGUUGUUGAUGAACCCGCUGUUUACCAAUAAUUCCAGUACAAAGAUCACGACGCGGAUACACCACACGGUCGCCAAGUUCCGAGCCAAGUACAAUCGGAAAUUACGGGCGGAAUUGAAGAAGGAGUUGAAAGAGCACACCGACUCAGAGUGGAGCUGGGUUUGGUUUAUAACAUCCUGCGUUCUGCUUGCAUUUUUAAGUGAGUAUCCCGCGCGUCAAUUACACAAACGCUCUCCGGAGCGGUGCGGCGGCGAUUUCUUUAUUUAUCGUUUAACACGAAUUUUUAACUUUCGCGCGAUGUCACGCAGCUGUAAAAAUGUCGGCAGCUGAGGCAUUAAUG